CCUGAUCUUUCGAAUCGAGUGUUUCCGUGAUUCCGAAUUUCCAAAAAUAUUUAUCAAAAUGUGCGACAAACAGACAACGGCUGAUAACAAGAUGCCAAGUUCAUGUUGUAUUAAGCCAAAGGAUGGAUCUGAUUUGAAAAACCAGUUUCCUAAAUUUCGAAUCGAAAACAAUAUCUUAAUAGGAGAAGAAUUACCAGUAAAAAGAGACCCUGUUAACGUAUCUGAAAUAUUACUCAAUAUCUUAAAAAGCAAUCCAGAAUGCAUUGGCCAGAUAGAUGCGUUCACAGGUAAAAAAUACACUUACGCUGACAUGGUGGAACGUAGUAUUAAAUGCGCUUUGUGGCUAAAGAAACAAGGUGUAAAACCGGGUGAUAUAGUCGGUCUUUGCACCGAUAAUAAUCUCGAUGCAAUUGUAAUUAUGUUGGGCACUAUGUACAUAGGCGCUAUAUCUAAUACAUGGGAUCAUGAGCUGUCCCCAAAUACGGCAAAAUACUUUCUUUCACUAACAUCACCGACAAUAAUCUUCACGAUUUCGUUAUCGGCCGAAAGUCUAACGGAAGCAGCAAAACAGUUAAAUAUGGAUAUAAAAGUGGUAACCAUCGAUAAACUAAAUGGAUACGAGUCCUUUGAGGACGUUUUGAACACUCAUGAUACGUGCCAAAUUGCUGAAUUUAAAUGUACCCCAAUCAACAAUCCGGAUGAAGUUGCUCUAAUUGUUCUCUCUUCUGGUACUACGGGCAUGCCGAAAGCAACUAAGAUUUCGCAUACUUCUCUACACAACGCCAUGUUUUCUCAGUCAAGCAAGGACAUGAAAAAUAACAUUUGCGUAUGGACACCUACAUUGCGUUGGCACUAUGGUGUCAUGCUAGCAUUCAACGCUCUCACAGCAUGUGCUACCAGAGUUGUUACACCAGAUUGCGUCCUUGAUGAUUUCACCAUACAGCAAUGCCAAUUUAUUGAAAAAUAUCGAGUAACGUGGUUCGCUACUGAUCCGUGCAUGAUGAUCCAACUGGCUAAGACUGAUAUAUUAGAGAAAUACCCAUUAACAAGCUUGAAAAAAAUUUUAUGUAGCGGUGCUCAUUUAAGGAAACAUUAUCAAGAGAUAUUAGCUAAGAAAUUACCACAUGUUCUUCUUGUAUGUUCCUAUGGAUCGACCGAUUUCGGAGGUACUAGCUGUUGCCAAACCGAACACAGCAAACCAGGAUCUGUAGGUUUUAUAACAUCUUGCACUCAAUUAAAAGUAGUGGAUGUAGACACGGGAAAAGUCUUGGGAGCUAAUCAAAUUGGAGAAAUACAUUUCAACGGGCCCUGCAAAAUGAUAGGAUACCACAAAAACCCUGAAGCAACUAAACGAGCUUUCGACUCCGACGGUUGGUUGCACACUGGCGAUCUGGGAUAUUACGACGAUGAUGGAGAGGUCUUCCUUGUUGAUAGGAUAUCUGAAUUUAUUCUCUUUCGGAGUAUCAAUGUCUCGCCUGCUGAAAUCGAGGCUGUUUUAACAACUCAUCCCGCGGUAGCUAGAGCGGCAGUUAUAGGAGUGCAUCAUGAAAUCGAUGAACAACAUCCAAUGGCUGUCGUAUCUCUCAUGCCGGAUAAAACGGUAACGGAGCAGGAACUUAUCAAUUUAGUGGAAAAGAAUCUGCCGGAUCAUUGUAGACUUCGCGCUGGCGUUAAGAUCCUCGAUCAACUACCCCGUACAGGCACUGGCAAAAUCGCGAAGAAACAGAUUCGAGAAAUGUUUGCGCAUUAAAGCAAUGAAUUAUGCAUGCUACGAAAAAAUCGAGUCACGUGAAUCGGUUUUGCUGAAGCUUUCGUUGAAAGAAGCUGCGAGAAACGUUUGUGAAUCAAAAUGCACCAAACAAUAUACCUAUAUAUAUGAACUUGGUACUUCACUUUUAAUAAAUUAACUUUUUAUUAUAUAAAAUGUUAGUAUUUCGUUUGUAAUUGUUUGUAACAAUAAUCUGUUUUGUAGUUUACCGCAAAUAAAAGUAUACCACUUUGGAAAAA